CGUCACGGAUACAUUAUCCCCUCCCCUCUUGAGGCUCUCCUGGCUUUCUGCAGCCUUUGCUAAAGAAUUAAGCGAGAGGUCCACUUCAGAGCUCCUUCUGCCCCUGGGAAAAAAAAAAUAAAUAAAAAAAGGCGAGGAAAGAAAAGGAAAAAAAAAAAAAAAAGCGGAGAUAUCGGUGCUUUCAGACGAGGAGCGUGGCGGCUGUGAUUUCCGAGAGGAGGGGAAUUUUGCCUUCGAUCCUUGCCGGAUUGCGGGAGGUGAAUGUAGCAAACCCUCCCCUUGCCUUUGAAAGGCAUGUCUCUGCCAAAGAGCUACCGCUUCGCUCUUGAAAUACGUGACAAAUAAAAAAGAAACAAAAAAUAUAGAGAGAGGAAAGACUCCUAUCUUUCAAAUUCUUUUUCUUUAAAAAGGAAAAAUAAAAAAGAAAAACAACAACAAAAAGAAACAACCAAACCAAUAAAUAAAAGCAACAAAAUCAAUGCCGCGCCUUUGCCAGCGCUCGGACUUGUUUGGAAAGAGACAACGCUGAAGUGGCACUGGUCCCGAGGAAAACGGAUCCUUUAAUUUGACUCUGCAUGAGAAGCGCAUUUGGAGCCGGGCGCAGCGGCCGCAGCGGCAGGAGCAGCCCCGCAGCCCCCGCAGCCCCCGCAGCCCCCGCAGCCCCCGCAGCCCCGGCGCGGCCGGAGCCCCUCGGGCACGGGCGGAGCAGCAGCGCCCUUCGGGCCGAGCGGAGCGCAGGGGCGGAGGGGAAGGAGAGCCGCUGAUCCCGGAGCACUCCACCAUCAGCCGCAGGCACCGGCUGUGACUUUGGUUCGUCGUGUUCUCGGCAUCUCGGGCUCCGGGACCAGCUCAUUUUGCACUUCGUUCGACGAGCAGCGCCGUCGUUCUGUUCCCUUUUUUUUUCUUCUUCUCCUUAUUUGAGAGACACGAUGUCCAAAAAUGGUUCAGCCUGCUUAGCCCAAUGAUUUCUUGCACGGACGCUCUAUUUUCCUCCUUUUCUUUUUUAAUUAUUAUUUUUGGAUGGGGCAGGAUCGAGUAGAAGAAAUCGUUCGGUGAAGGGACCCCAGCGGUUUGCCCCCCAUUAAGGAGAAGAUCAAGAUCCGAUUCCCAGCUGCACGCAGAGGACGGAGGCUGCCGUGGAUCUUUCAGUCUGGCUUUCAAAGCCCUCGCUGCUGCAGGGUCAGAGCAGAACUGCCUUCUCCGAGCGGCUUUCCUGUCCUGCUUGCAGCUCAGAGAUCGCCUCCCCCCUCCUCGCACCAUUUCUGUUCGUGUUCGUUUUGUUCGUCGAAAUCCAUGCCCCCUGCCAUUCGGAAGAACCGGGUCUAAUAUGCCAGUGACAUCCGCGCCUUGCAGCAGUCGCGAUGAAGGAAAAAUCCAAGAACGCGGCAAAGACUAGACGGGAAAAAGAAAAUGGAGAAUUCUACGAACUGGCCAAACUCCUGCCCCUGCCCUCGGCCAUCACCUCGCAGCUGGACAAGGCGUCCAUCAUCCGCCUCACCACCAGCUACCUGAAAAUGCGAGCCGUCUUCCCCGAAGGUCUGGGCGACGCCUGGGGACAGCCGAGCAGGAUCGGCCCUUUGGAUAACGUGGCCAUGGAGCUCGGAUCCCACUUGCUUCAGACUUUGGAUGGCUUUGUUUUCGUCGUGGCAUCCGAUGGCAAAAUAAUGUACAUUUCUGAAACAGCAUCUGUGCACCUUGGCCUGUCCCAGGUGGAGCUCACUGGAAACAGCAUUUAUGAGUACAUCCACCCCUCGGACCAUGAUGAGAUGACUGCUGUCCUCACUGCCCACCAACCUCUGCAUCCUCACCUCCUGCAAGAAUAUGAAAUCGAGAGAUCCUUUUUCCUGAGGAUGAAGUGUGUCCUAGCCAAGAGGAAUGCAGGUCUGACCUGCAGUGGCUACAAGGUGAUCCACUGCAGUGGCUACUUGAAGAUCCGCCAGUACAUGCUGGAUAUGUCCCUGUACGACUCCUGUUACCAAAUUGUGGGGCUGGUGGCCGUGGGGCAGUCUUUGCCUCCCAGUGCAAUCACUGAGAUCAAGCUGCACAGCAACAUGUUUAUGUUCAGAGCCAGCUUGGAUUUAAAACUGAUUUUCCUCGAUUCCAGGGUCACGGAAUUAACUGGAUAUGAACCCCAGGAUCUGAUAGAGAAAACCCUCUACCACCACGUCCACGGCUGUGACGUUUUCCACCUGCGAUACGCUCACCACCUCUUGCUGGUGAAAGGCCAAGUGACCACCAAGUACUACCGGCUGCUGUCCAAGCAGGGAGGCUGGGUGUGGGUGCAGAGCUACGCCACCAUCGUGCACAACAGCCGUUCGUCACGGCCUCACUGCAUAGUGAGUGUCAAUUAUGUCCUUACAGAUAUUGAGUACAAGGAACUUCAGUUGUCACUGGACCAGGUUACCAUUUCCAAGUCACAGUUUUCAUGCAGAAACUCAGUACCUACCUCGCAGGAAACAAGGAAAAUAGUAAAACCCAAAAGUAAUAAAAUGAAGGCAAAACUCAGAACAACACCUUACUCGCCACAGCAAUACAGCUCGUUCCAAGCAGACAAACUGGAAUGCAGCCAGGUGGGGAGCUGGCGCUCCAGCCCCGCUGCCAGCGCCGCCGCCCUUCAGGAACAGAACUUCCAUUCAGAGAGCAGCGAACUCCUGUACGCCCCUCCCUACAGCCUGCCCUUCUCCUACCACUAUGGACACUUCCCUGUGGAUUCCCACGUCUUCAGUGGCAAGAAGCAAAUGCUGCCUGCAAAAUUCGGGCAGGCCCAAGGGGCGCCCUGCGAGGUGGCACGGUUCUUCCUGGGCGCGCUGCAGACCAACGGCGAGUGCCAGUGGCACUACGCCAACUCCCUGGUUCCCAGCAGCCAGUCACCCUCCAAAAGCCUUCCUGAGCAGCCAGUGAACAUCAUCAGGCACAACCUUGCACAGAGUUAUGAAGUGCCACUGUCCAACAGGAGGUACAACCAGGACGCUCUGCCCGAGGCCUUCCCGAGCUGCACGGCGCCCAUGCCGGGCCGCUACAAAGAGGAGCUCUACGACUCUUCCAUCAUGAAACACAACAAAACAGAGCCCAGGCUCCAGCCCCCCGCCCACCUCAUCAAAGAGGAAAACAAGCUGGCUUUUACCAGAGACCUGCCAGAAAAAAUGGCCAUCAACGAGGGCUCGUUCUCCAACCCGCUGCUGCCCAAAUCCGAGUGCUGCCAGGCCAAGGCCGUGGGACAGCUGAGCCACCUGCUGCCCGUGCCCUCGGUCUACGAGCAGAGCAGGAGGAUUUGUGUCAAAGACCCCAAAUUUGGGCACAUCAGCCACCACCCAGGCAGCCUGGAGGAGCUGGACGAGAGGAUGGGCGUGAAGCUCGACCACGAGGCCGAUGGCGAGCGGCUGAUGGAUGUGAGGCCCUCGGGCCAAGUCCCCUUCGUGCUCCUCAACUACCACCACGUGCUGGCCAAGCACGGAGCUUUCCAAACUUCCCCCUGCACGGCCACGGGACACGUGGGAGAAAAUUAUUCCUACAACUCUGAGGAAGUCAACGCGUUUAUUUACAAAAACCAAAGCCCCUCCUCGGCUUCUUCUCCAGAAACCCACAAGGAAUCUGCACUACCCCAUUACAUUGGGACUUCUGUCAUCAUUGCCAACGGCAGGUGACGGUAGCGCAGGAGUGUUCUGUGUUUCAUUAAGAAACCAAACUGUAAUGAUUUGCUAAAAAACAAAACAAACAAAAAAAAACCAAACCAAGCAUGAGGAAACACAGUGACAUUUACUGAGCAAAGCUGGAGGGCAGUGAGGGACAAACUGGUGAGUUCCACAAGUCCCCGUGGCCAGGAAAAUCCCCUCCGUCCCCUGCCGUGCUUCGGUGUCCCAGACACAGCUCUGGUGCCAGGGAGAAGCCAAGUUCCAGAUCUUAUUUUUGUUAUUUUAUAGUGUGCAGCAGAAGGAGACGAGAGCCGUUAUAUGCAGAGGUUUAUAUGAAGAACAUUUUUUUUUUCCUUGACACCCUCCUUAAAAUAAACUCAAGAUUUUUUUUUUUAAUCAUUAUCAUAAAAUAUGCAUUCUAGUUUAGGGUUUUUUUGACAAAUUGUGUGAAACCUCGCAUCAACUCUCCACCCAACCCCCUGACAAAUGGACUUUGUUGAGAGAGUGGUGAUUUUGAGCAACCACAACACAGCUGUCCUACCCAAACAGAAAAGAGCUUAUUUAUUAAUUACCAAAAAGUUUUAAAACUAAAUAAAUCAACCCUACAUUUGAUUUAUUUAACACAGAUUUCAGUGUUCUGAGAUUGUUGCCACCACCAUUUAUCUUGACAAGGGACAAUAUGACAAAUUAAUAGGUACAAAGAUAGGUAUUACAGGGUUACAGGUCUUGUCAUGGCAAAUUGGGACAAAUUAUGGAGCAGGAACUAAUUCCCCACAAAUAAGAAAAGGAAACUCCUAAAUCCUGUGUUUCCCUGGGUAUUCUGGGGGAAGCCUGUGCAGAUUUUCAACCCAGCCAGUCACAAAUACAUCUUAAUAACAGCACCAGAAAUGUUUUCUUUAUAGUCAAGAGAAUAAUGAACAUUUCUGCCUUAUUUUGAACUUACCAGCAGAAUUGUGAGCUUUGAAAAUUCCAGCUCUUAACACGCUGAACUUCCUCCAGCAUAAAUCCUGUUGUCAGCACAAAGGUAGGGCUGGAGUUCCCUGGUUGGAGCACUCCACAAAUCCCAAACAGCACAUUUGAAACUCUCACAUUUGGCCCAGCCAGCCAGGAACAGAUUUUCACCCCUUUAUUUUUAAUUCUUUGCAGAGGAUGGAUCUGUGGGAGUUUAACUGACAACGCUCAGCCCACGGUGGUUUUCAACCAUCUCCCCAGACACUGUGAGUGGAUAAAACAACAAAAGGCACCCUAAACAAUAAAUGUGGCUCUAGAUCUCACUCAGCUCCAUUCCUUACCCCAAUUCAAGCUUAAUUCAGAAUUUUUCAACUUUUCUCUCAUCAGACUCUAAAGAAAACUUCACUGAAAAACCUUGAGUGCCCUGGGAUGGUGGAAGGUUCCCUGGAUGAGCUUUAAGGUUCCUUCCAACCCAAACCAUUCCAUAAUUCUUUGAAGAAAAUUCUUACCUGGUUUACAUAACAUGGAAAAAACCACUUGCUCAUGGAUUGCACCUUGUCAGAAAAAUCAUAAUGCAAUACUCAGUCCUAAAAAUUCCAUGUUCUCCAACUUUUCUAUGCAGCAAUAAUUCAUCCCAGAAUGGUCUGGGUUGGGAGGGACCUUAAAGCUCAUUCAGCAGUUCCAAGCCCCUGAAAUGGGCAGGGAAUUUUCCAUUAGAAUACAGAAAUAAGGUUAUUUCCUUCUGUGUAUGAAUAUUUAUUGCUAAGAGUACACAAAAAUACUUUAAAAGCAAAGGCUUGAAAACAAUUAUCAGUAUUUUUUUUCAGUUCUUCCUGUUAAAGGUUAAAGAGAAGCCUUUAUUAUCAUUACCAAAUUAAUAUUCACUUGAAAAUGAACUUGAACUGAACACUCUCAGUUGUUGCUUUCAAUGACAUGAAAAAUACAUUUUGUGCUAAACAGAACAAAAAAAGCCAAAUCAGUGAUUACAAAAAAACCCCAAAACAGAACCAAACCAGCACAGUCACUCCCUGUAACCUCAGCUUGUUCAGUGCUGGAGAAGCUGGCAAGUCUCCAGAAAAGCUGUAAAUGUGGAUUAUAAUCAUGCUGACCCCAUAAAUCAAAGGCAGGAGACACCAGUUGCUUUCCCAGUCGGUUCAGAGCCCUCCCAGCCCCUGCUCCUCAUAAACGACCCCAACUCCUGAAAAGAUAAUUAUGGGUUCAUUUUGUUCAAUUAAAUUAAGCCCAUGCCCCACAAAGGAGCCACUGGCAUGGUUGGCAUCAUUAAAAAGAAACCUGAUGCCCAACCUCUCCUGCUGCACUUUCUCCCUCAUUAGUGGCACUGCUGCAUUUGGGUGUUCCUGCAAGCCCUGCUUGCUAUAAAAACACCAAAAUUGGCCUUUGCUUGAGAAAAACACCAUUGAUAUUUUUCAGCUCGAUGUUUUUCCACCUUGUUAUUCCCACUUCCAGGCUUUAUUCCAGCAGCCUGAGCAGAGGAGGUGUUCCAUCAUUCUCCCCCAGGUGUUUUAGGGGAGGUGAUGCCCAGGCACAGGAAAUUUCCCUGCGAGGCAAUAAUGAACCAAUUAAGAACUCCCAGCUGAUAAUGCAGGGGAAGGUGCAGAAAAGAUGGCAAAAGCAAAUGUGGGAAGGAUUUUUUUUUUCUGCCACUCUCCAAGAUUCAAACAGCAAUUCCAUGUUUCCAUCUGGGGGUAAAUUACAUUGGGAGAAAAAUAGGAUUUUUUGGUCAGUUAAAUCACAGAUGUUCUCAGCAAAAUCAGAGUGCAGAACAGGGCACUGCCAUCACAGUGGUAGUGUUUUAAUGAUGAAAAAUGGGAUUUUUUGGUCAGUUAAAUCACAUGUUCUCAGCAAAAUCACAGUGCAGAACAGGGCACUGCCAUCACAGUGGUAGUGUUUUAAUGAUGAAAAAUGAUUUUAAUAAUGAAAAAAAAAAAAGGUACUGAAGAGGAAUGUGAAUUGAAAUAUAUUAUGAAAAAUAACCUCAUUUCUCUUUAGUAUUUGACCCACACCUUUGUAGUGAGACUUCACAAGAUUUUAAUUCUUGGGGGAGUUCAGACCUGGCAAGAAAAUAAUGGAAAAUGGGCGAAAGAGAGUGAAAGAGGGAGUAUUUUACCAAAAUCAUAGAAAAUUUGGGUUGGUAGGGACUUUCAAGAUCUUAUUCCAACCCCCUGCCAGUCAGGGAAUCUUCCAGCAGCCCCAGGUAAAGCUGGAAAAGUGAAUUCCAUAGCGAGGGGUCUCCAAGUUUUGGAAGCAGUGCAAUGGAAAUAAAACAAGGUGAUAAAGGCACAGAUAAGUCCCCAGCUCUCUGUGCCCUGGGACUUGAAAAAAGUAAUUUAAGGAAAUUCAGCACAACAGGUGCAAAACUGGGGAAUUCAUCACUGAAAGUGCCAAUGAAUGGGAAAUCUGCCAGAAUUUCUCCAGAAAUCUCAAGACAGGACAUAAAUUCUUUUUUUUUCCCAGCGUUUCAGUCACACCUCAAAAACGCCACAGAGGAAAUAUUGUUAUUCCAGUUUUUUCCUGAAGGUUAGAUUUUGCUUUUUUUUUUUAAUAUGAUGCAGAUAAAAGCUAUUUGGCAAGUGUAGGUGAAGCACGCAACCCAACCAACCUAUUCAAGCUCAGAAUUAUAUAUGUAUUCCCUAAAAAUGUAAAGCAUUUUUGCUUAUUUAUUAUGUAAAACAAAACUGUUAAAAUGUUAAUAAAAUCCUGUAGCCAAAGGAAAA